CGGGUCACCAUGGCAACGCGGCGGGACCGGAGGCUGCUCGUAGCAGGCGUUCUGGUGCGUGGCUUGUGGGAUCUUAGUUCCCCGACCAGGGAUUGAACCCAGGUCCUUGGCAGUGAAAGCACGGAGUCCUAACCACGGGACCGCCAGGGAGUUCCCGAGUCCUUAUUGAUUUUAAGUUUUGCUGCCGACAUGCUGCCCCCGCCCACAGAGCAGGCCCUGAAUGCCCUGCUGGCUCGCAAGGAGGAGGAGUGGCGAGCACUGCAGGCCCAGCACUCCCAGAUGCAGGAGGCAGCCCUGCAGGACGCUCAGCGCCAGCUGGAGGAGGCGCAGGGGAAGCUGCGACGCCUGCGGGAGGACUUCGUCUACAACCUGCAGGUGCUGGAGGAGCGGGACCGGGAGCUGGAGCGCUACGAUGCUGCGUUUGCCCAGGCCCGUGGGCUGGAGGAGGCCAGGCAGGCCGAGGUGAGCGAGCUCAAGAUCGAGGUGGCCAAGCUGAGGCAGGCGCUGGCCGGCGAGGCCCGGCGGGUGGAAGAUCUGCAGCAGCAGUCCCAGCAGAGGCUGCAGGAACACCGCCUGGAGCUGGAGCGGGUCCACAGUGACAGGAACGGUGAGCUGGACCAGCAGCGGGAGCAGUAUGGGAACCUGAAGUGGAAGCUGGAAAGGAGGCUGGAGGAGCUGGACAGCGAACUUGCCCUGCAGCGGCAGGACUUCCCUGGCAGUCCAGCGGUUAAGACUCCGCGCUUCCACUGCAAGGGGCAUGGGUUCGAUCUCUGGUCGGGGAACUGGGAUCCUGCAUGCCAUGUGGAGCUGCUCCAGGAGUUUGAAUCUGAAAUGCAAAAGCGGGAGCACGCCUUCCGCCUGCAGGCUGACAGCAUGAGCAAUGUGGUCCUAGCACACGAGCUCAAGACUAAACUGCUGAACAAAGAGCUCGUGGCCCUGAGAGAGGCCGGGGUGAAGGCUGCGGAGUCCCUGCAGAGCGCCGAGGCGGUGAAUGCGGAGCUGGAGGAUAGGCUGCAGCGCAGAGACUGGGAGCUCAGGGACCUGGCUGCCGUGAAGGACGCCCGGAUAAAAGACUUAGAGGGUAAACUUCACUCUGUGCAGCUCACCAGGAAAAAAGAAGAGGAGAUGUUUAGGAGGAAGCAUGAGGAGCUGGACCGUCUGGCCAGGGAGAGGGACACGGUGCUGAUGGCAGUGAAGAGCGCCCAUGCGGAGCAGCUGCAGGCGGUAGAGGCCAGGGCCCUGGAGCUGCAGGGGCACUGCGACAACCUCGAGGUGCAGCUCCGCAGGGCUGAGUGGAGGCAGGCGGACACCACCAAGGAGAAGGACGCCGCCAUUGACAAACUUCGGGAAGAUGCGUCAGCUCUAAAAUCCCGCUGGGAUGCCCAGAUUGCUCAACUUUCCAAAGAGAUGGUCUCCAAAGACCUUCAGGUUCAGUCGCUGCAGGAAGAAGAGGUGAAGCUGAAGGCACAGCUGGCCAGAUGCCAGCAGGACAUUGGAAGGUACAAGCAGCAGCUGUCUCUGGCCGUAGAGAGGGAGCAGAGCCUGGCGCGUGACAAGGUGCAGUUGGAGCUGGCCUGGCAGCGCCGCUGCGAGGGUGUCGAGCGGGAGCAGUACCAGCGGACUGAGGACUUGAUUCAGGGCCUCACCGCGGCCAGAGACCAGGUUGCGGCCAAGCUGCAGGAGACAGAGCGGGUGCUGUGUGGCCAGGAGGUGAUGCUGAAGGCCGUGACCCGAGAGAGAGACCAGGCUGUGCAGGCGCUGGGGACACGCGGACUCCACCCUGAGGAGGAGGCGCAGAUGCUUCUACGGCAUCAAGAAGAAGAAAUAAGUAAAAGUUUUCCAUCUACUGUGAUCCAGCAGCUACAAGAGCAGAACACAAGCUUGCGAAAUGUUAUUGCACAAAUGAGGAAAGAAAUGGAAACUCUAAGUGAUCAAAUUCUUCCUUCUGCCCAGUUAGGAGGGGAGACCUCACAAACAAACCAGCCUGACCCAAAGGCAGCCGCUGAUUCAGCUGUACCUGAUUAUGUUCUGGCCCUUGAAGCAGAAAUGCGAACUCUAAAGCAUAAAUUUAAAACAUUGGAAGAACAACUAGAAGAUGUGUUAGAUCCUUCGAAGACGACCUCGUCCUGUGCUGGCGUUCAACCCAGUGUCCUGGCCUCCACAGACACCACCGAUGGCAAAAUUUCAUUCUAUGACCAAGGAGGCAGGAAUAUGCAAUGGAGAAAGGACAGCCUCUUCAGAGGAGCUGUGCCGGUCGAUGGUCCAUCCACGGGACUGGCGCUCAGGAGGCUUGGAGACAGGGCACAUCUCCUGAGCUUCCUGGUGGCACAGCUCAGACAGAAGGUGCUGCGGGAACCCCUGGACAUGGACACCAUCCAGCGAGAGCUUCCCCACGAGCUGGACCAGGUGCACCUGGAGGUUUUGCAGCUGCGGAAGCAGGUGGCUGAGAUUGAGAAGCAUCUCAGGUCAGCCCAGAAGGAAGGCAGGGAUGCUUCAGGCAGGCAGCAACCGCACGCCUCAGACACUGAGGCUGUCGGGGGAGAGGGCCCGGCACAUGGAGGACCCGCAGGGACCGAGGACCAGGAGGCACAGCCCCCUCAGGCCCUGUCUGUGCCCCGACUCCAGAGGAAGCUCAAGGAGGCAGCCAGGAAAAUCCUGCGGCUGCGCCUGGAGAAGGAGCAGCUCCUGGAGCUGGGGAACCGGCUGCGUGCGGAGCUGGGCCACCUCACUGGGAAGCCGCCUCAUCACCCACUUCCUACCCCUGAGGUCCAGGGCUCAGGUGAGGCACCCGAUGCACGCUUGGGACCGUUGCAACCCCGUCUCACAACUCAGGACUCUAAGAAUGCCAAGAAAGAAUGUUUCUCCGAACGCUCAGGAAAGAGCCAAGCCCGCUUGGCACAGACAGUCUGCAGAAGGGACGCUGAGCCAGGCUGCACAGCGGGGCCAGGGCUGAGGCAACACAGAAUCUCCACAGUGACUUGCAGAUCAGCUCCUCAGAAAGAAAACCAGUCCCCAAAGCCACGCCUGGCUCAAGAAUUCCAGGAGGAAAAUGGCCACCACACCCAAAGGUCCUCAUCACCUGCCAGCAGUUCCCUCCAAGACACAUGGAAGUUACUGGACCUGGGAUCCAGCCCUUCUGGCCUCACCUCCCAGGACGACUCGCCUCCAGAGCACCCAGCACCUCCAGCAGCCUACAGCCUCCAACACCCCGAGGGGAGCCCCGUGGCGCCAUGGGCGGCCUUUGCCGUCGAAGGGAUGAAGAUGAAAGCCCAAGCAAGGGGCAAGCCUGCCAGACACCCCAGGGCUCAUCCUGCAAAACCUAAAGGCUGCCAGCGGCCCCCCAAGAUUCGUAACUACAACUCCAAGGACUGACUUCCUCGAACCACCCCUCCCCGCCCCUCCCCCUCCCCGCCCCUCCCCCUCCCCACCCCUCCCCCUCCCCUCCCCCACCCCUCCCCUUCUCAUCCACUCCUCCCUCCCCUCCCCCUCCCCACCCUUCCCCCUCCCCACCCUUCCCCCUCCCCCUUCC